AUGAGAGACUAUUUUGAUGUGUGGACGUCUCUCUUCUCUCUCCCCGCAGCUCCCUUCCGUGCGUCCUCCCCCAGCCAAACCUCCAUAGCCACCCAGUCGCCGUCACAACCCGCGGGACCGGACCCGAUUGCGCCGGCCAGCUUCCGCCGUCAACCUCAGCCCACCCCGACGCCUGCUGCCGUCCUGAUUCCGCCGGAAAACCACGAAAACUGUCAGUUUUCGUUCGAAAUUUCACGGCCGUUGAUCUCCGUCAUCCGGCCACCAAAUCGGACGAGUGAGGCACCCGAGCACCAGUUGACCCGCAGGAGGGACCUUCAAAAGGCCCAGCAAGCUCGGACCAGCAGAAAAGGAGAUUUUAGCUAAAUAUCAUAUAAAUGGCAGCAGAGUUCUAGAUUUAACAGAAAUUCAGUUAUGUAUCAGAUAUUUUAGGAAUU